AUGACGCUCUGUGAGAAAAUAUGUCUCGUGUGUUUAAUGGUCUUCGGAUUGUUCUUCAUCCUGCUCAGUAUUGUAGCUCUCACCCUUAUCGGAGGACUUGUGGAUAAGACCAUGCUUUCGAGGGAUCGUUUGGGCUAUGAGGACUUGAACGGUACCAGACGUCUGAACCCGAUGACGGAAAAAUGGGUACAUCCGGAAUAUCAUAUGCAAGUACAAAUCUGGAUGUUCAAUUUGACGAAUCACGCAGGAAGUUCUUCGUGGAGCAAAACCAAGGGUGCAAGAGAUAGGACCGUUUACAUUCCUGUACGAUUUCAGCGGUUUCCUACAAACAUAGCUCAGAGACAUCCAUUUCUUUUCAGAGAACGUCAGUAUAAGUCACCUUAUCAGUUCGAUAAAAACGACACAAGGGUUUUCUAUCGAAACAACCAUGUUUAUACCUUCAAUGAAUCACUAUCAUGUGCCAGUUGCUCUCUCGAUAAACAUGUUAUAAUUCCAAAUGUUAUAUUCCAGAAACUGGUGGACUUCGCACAACAUGGAUUCGCUGCAAAGUUUGCCAUAGAAGCUGUCCUGACGGUUUAUAAGAGGGAGUCCCCUUUCAUUGAAGUUAGUGUGAAAGAAGCAUUGUACGAUGGUUACAAAGAUCCAUUGCUCGCUGCAGUUUGCGAUAAAACUCCCUUCUUGAAAGCGCUAUGUGUAGGUGCUAAGAUUCCGGAUCGCAUUGGAUUUUUCUAUGGGCAAAACAACACGGAUGAUGGUUUAUACGAAGUUGACACGGGUCGCAAUGAUGUUUACAAUAUUGGAAAGGUAUUUUUUUAA